AUGACUGCUGUAAAGUCUUGGUCUAUCCUUUUGGGGAAAUUUCCUGACUUUUGGGUGCAUCGUGCAGGUCCACACAAGCAGAUUUACUAUGAGCCUAGGGAAGUAAAAGCUGCAAUAGUUACUUGUGGAGGCCUAUGUCCUAGUCUAAAUGAUGUUAUUAGACAGAUAGUAUUUACUCUUGAAAAGUAUGGGGUUAAAAAUAUAGUCGGAAUACCAUUUGGCUAUCGUGGAUUCUUUGAUGAAAGAUUGUCAGAGAUGCCUCUUUCCCGUCGAGUGGUGCAGAACUUAAAUCUAAAUGGCGGAAGUUUUUCGGGUGUUUCGCGUGGAGGUGGUAAGGUUGAUGAGAUUGUGGAUAGCAUUCAGGUAUUUUGGGUGCAAAGGAAAAAUGGGAUCAAAUGAUAAAGAUGCGAGCAGAUACCACUCAACUUGGUGGAACUCG